AUGGCGCAAAACCCCCCCUUCACCACGGCCCUCCUAGCGGGCGGCAUAGCUGGCACCACAGUAGACCUCUCCCUCUUCCCGCUCGACACGCUCAAGACGCGCCUGCAGUCCUCCGCCGGCUUCUUCCCCUCGGGCGGCUUCCGCGGCAUCUACCGCGGCGUCGGCAGCGCCGUCGUCGGGUCCGCGCCCGGCGCCGCAUUCUUCUUCUGCACGUACGAGGGCGUCAAGGACAGACUAGUACAAUGGCGGCGGCGGCGCGAGCAGGAACAUUCCAUACUGGGCGAGAGGGGGGUAGGAAGUGCGGGUGGGAGUGCGAGUGCGUGGACGGCCGCGGGCGACCACAUGCUAGCAGCCAGUCUGGGCGAGGUAGCCGCGUGCGCCGUGCGCGUGCCGACCGAGGUCGUCAAGCAGCGCGCCCAGGCCGGCCUGCACGGCGGGUCGAGCGCCGCCGCCCUGGGCGCCAUCCUCGGUCGGUACAAGAGCGUCGGGCUGCCGGGCGUGUGGCGCGAGCUGUACCGCGGCUGGGGCAUCACCGUCAUGCGCGAGGUGCCCUUCACCGUCAUCCAGUUCCCGCUGUGGGAGGCGCUGAAGGCCUGGGGGCGGGAGAAGAAGAGCAAGGCGGCAGGCGGCAGUGUUGGCGUCGAGGUUGGUGCUGGCGAGAGCGCCUUGUACGGGAGCGUGUCCGGGGCUGUGGCGGCCGGCAUCACGACGCCGUUGGAUGUGCUCAAGACGCGCGUCAUGCUGUCCAAGGAGAGGGCCAAGGUGUUUACCGUGCUGAGCGACAUAUUGAAGAACCACGGCAUACGACCAUUCUUUGCCGGUAUAGGGCCCAGGAUCAUGUGGAUCAGUGCCGGAGGUGCCAUCUUCCUCGGCAGCUAUCAGUGGGCAGUCAAUGCGCUACAGGGGAAUCUAUCAUGA